AUGUCUCACAUCAACACCACCCAGCUACAGUCGCUCCUACUCUCCUUCUUGCAGCACUACCUCAACAGCACCAGCAUACUCCCUCUGCCGACCUCUCAGAACUACACUACCCAGCAGGCUGUGCACCACGCGGCUGGAGCCAGGGUUCACACUCAGGCUCCAGGCAUCAUGUAUAUUCUUCUGGUGGUUGGCAUGUUCAGCUUCUUCACGUUUGGCAUCAUGCUCAGCUACAUUCGCUCCAAGAAGCUGGAGAGCUCUCAUGAUCCAUACCACCAGUACAUCGCCCAUGACUGGACCAAGGCGAAAACUCCUUCCUGGGCCGUGGCUCAGGCUCUGAGGGCAGUCGCAGAUAACGGAGCCAGCAGCAAGGAGCCAGUCAUCAUCUGCAACCCUGCAACAACUGGAGAAGCUGUCAGACUAGAAUGA